UUUUUUGUAUGGAGCGUGGACAACCGCCAAAUCCGCCUAAUGUGUCCACGUGGUUUAUGGAUGGUUCCCUUUGGAGCUUCCACACUUUCCAGAUCUUUCUCAACUCAGUUCAAUCACGUUGCGCCAUGGUCCCGAUUCAUCCCAGUUGAUAAUAAAUCUUGUAGUAAAUAAUAUUAUAAAAAAAUAAUUUUACAAUAAAUAUAUUUCAUUGAUAACCACCUUUUGAAAAACUACCCUGGAUUGACAAAAUAAACUUUACUUGCUAUGACCUUUUCAAAAUAACUGCUUGAAUCCGAAGCUGUCAAAUUCUUUUGUGACGUUUGUUCUUUUUCACGGAAUUUUCGUAGCGGUCGGACGUACUUUUUUCCCGAUCGGGCUCGAGUCGCCGAACGGUCUUAAAAAUGGCGGAACUGAAAAAGUACAUCGAGCGGGAGUUUCUCCGCAUUCGAGCUCAGCAGGAAAUUGUUCAAAAUCAGGUCCAAGAGUGCUUAGCUCACCAUCGAACGGCUCGAGACUUUCAAAUGGAAAUGAAGAACGAAAUCUCAGCGAUUCGACAGGAGCUGGCUCACCUCAAGAAAAUUCCUGAAAACAGGGUUUUCCCUGUGGGUUCUGUGGAGGAUCUGGACCAGGUGCGGCGCAAAUUCCGAUCGCACGAUACGAAAGAGAAGCUCGUCGGUGAAAUUGAAUAUGUCCUGGAGCGGGUCUCAAAGGACAAGUGGCUGAAAAAGCUUAUACGGGACGAGGUCGUGCAAGAAUUCCGAGAUGCCAAGACGAUUCGCGAUAUGAAUUUCAUUCAAUAUGUGAUCAGAAAUAUCACCCAGACGAGCGAAACCGCCUUCACAGCAAUGGUGUCAGCGGCGAAAUCGCGCCUGUACUCGGCGCGGUACCGAAAAGGGCAAAAGGAGAACCGCAAGAGACCGGCCAAGAAGCCGCGUCGUGUGUUGGAAGAUAGUGAGAACGAAGAGGACGAUGAAACGGAAGGAGAAGAUGGGAACAAAGACAUCCCGUCGCCGGCUUUCUCCCCUUUGAAGCAAAUUCGCUAACCAAACCCGACAAAUGGGCCCUACGAAUGUACCGAAUCGUACUUAACACUGUUGACUAAAUAAAUGAAGUUGAAUUCUAU